AAAAGUUAUUCUCACACCUCUCUCUCUCUCCCCUCUGUUUCUUUCUUUUCUUUACUUGUUCAUCCUCUUUCCUGCAGAUUUUCUUUUGAUUUAUUUGUUAUUACGCUAUCCUCUCGUGAAUAUGGUUCAAGAAAUUCCAAAGCAAGGAGAACUCUUUAUAGCCCGCUUCUCAAAAAAAUAUGAAGAGUGGCUCAAUAGUCCCAACAUAAACCAUGAACAAGUUCCCAAAAGAAACUAUCUCUCUGCAGGAACUUUGAACAAGAGAGAGGAGAAGGCAGAUGAAAAAGAUCGUGUGGAAACCAAUUCUGAAGUUCCAGACCAUGUGAUCUACGGGUUUGACAACGAGAUCAAGUCCUUGAAGAACUUCUUGCUGGAUCAGAAGGUCUAUAAUGAGUUCAAGAGUCUUGUGGUUGUCGGAGAAUACGGCGUGGGGAAGACAGCUUUAUGCAAAACCAUUUUUAAUGAUGAAGGUGUGAAGAGUGUUUACGCUCCAAGAAUCUGGGUAUCUAUGCAUAGCAAUGAAGGCCUUAGUGGGAAGAUAUUUGUGUUGAAGAAGAUCUUGAAGGUUCUUGGAGUUGAAGAUGAGCUGCUUAAACGUAUCCAUGACAAGGCAAAAGACGAAGCUGCAAAUAAUCUGGAAAAGGCAGACAAUCGAGAAGGUGGAGAAAUUGAUAGAGAAACGGCUGAAGAGAAGGAAGUCUCUGCUUUGAUGUAUGCACUUCACUUGAAUCUGAGGUGGAAGAAGUAUCUGAUUGUGUUUGAUGAUGUGCGAGAAGAAGACAACUGGAACGAGAAGCUUCAAGACGACGAGGAGAAGCUCAAAGAGGAUGACAAAUGGGGAAAGUAUCUUUCAGAUGGAUUCCCUAAAGGGUCUGGUGGAAGAGUCAUAUACACGACCAGGGAUGAGAACAAGACUCUGGCGAAGAAGCUGGUUGCAGAGGAACAUGAGAUACAUCGUCUUUGGCCUCUGACUGAUUCUCUGAGUGUCUGGAGGAUAUAUGAUGCAGCACGGAAAGAGAACGGGGAAGAGGAUCCUCCUAGGAACGACAAGAAGUGCAUAGAUGAGCUGAUGAACAAGUCUCGUGGUCUUCCUUUAGCUGUUAGAAUGUUGGCCACGCUUCUUCCCGUGUUUCUUGACGAUGAAAACACUGAGCAGAAGGGUUCAGACAACAACACCAAUGCAGAAGAAAAUGGAACUACUCAAACUCCAACAGCUUGAGAAGAUUGAAGAUCCAUUUUGUCACUGUGUUAUCAACCUUGGCUUUGUUUUCUUUAUUUAUGUUUCUGUUUCUCUGGUUUGAUGUUGUCUGUAUGUCUCUCUGUUGUAUCAAUAAUCCAUAAUUCUAAGUAGAGCUUCGUCAUUGCCAACUAUGUUCCUUCGUCUCUACCUUCUUUUUGAUUUGAAGUUUAUCAGAGGUUAUUACUCUUAAGUCUCUCGGCACUUGUAUAUAGUAGACCUUCUCAGUUUAUCAUAUUACAUAUUUUCUU